GGCAACCUGGCUUAACGUUAGCGUGUAUGUGCUUACUUGCACGCCGCUUCCAGAUGCUCGAGAUCAUAUGUCACCUCAAGGUGCCUCCUUGAUUCCAGGUACUAACAAACCUCAACUCAACCAGCAAUGGCACGGAUGAAUCAACUGGGGUUCCUCCAUUCUCCCAAAGGAGAACCUCAGCUUCCAGUGUAGAGACAAAGGACUGGACGCAUCUUUCUGGGGAACUCCUGUCUCCUGCUAGUGCAAGAACAAGAGUCUACCUGCUCAAAUCUACAGAUGCCACUGGGCUGAUGACGGAGAAAUGCUAGAGGAUGAGGCAUGCUGCAUAAGCCGCUGAUUGUACCUACCAUUUGGUUCCAAGUAAAAGAACCUAAAGGACAGCCCAGUCCUGGAAAUAAGGACUUUGCUUCUUGGAAGCUUGCUUUGUCCAUGAAGGAUAAAGGAUACCCCCUGGACAACCAAGAUAAUGCCAGCAUCCUAGCCCAUGAGUUUGAAACCCUCCCAGCAUCAUCUGGUAUCAUAGGAAGCAGAAGUACAAGCUUCUCCAGGUGCCUGUGACCCUUACUAUGAAAAGGCUUCAUCUAGGAGGAGGAGCGUGACUUUGUUUUGGACUGUCUGAAGCGGAUGGGGACUGGCAGUGACAGGUAUCACAGAAGAACCCAUAAUUUCUGAUACAGCCUGCUCAGCUGGGAACAGCUGUUAGUGUCCCAGAAGGGAAUGAGAAACAUAGACUAAGCUGAAACAUUUAGGACCAAGAUAUAGAAUUCCAGAAGGACGGAACUCCUUGAGACACUUCCAUGGACCAUGUUGAGACAGUUCCAUGGGACACUGCUGCUUUGAUGAAUGUCCUAAAAUGACCCCUACAUGUCUUGUGCAUGGAGAUACUACAGGAUUUUUAGUUUGAUUAUUGUCUGUCAGGCUGGACCUGUUAAAAAACUUUUCUUCCAGUGGUAAUCAGACCUCAAGUCCUGAAGGGAGAAACUAUUUCAGAAACUUGAUGGGAAAUGAAACAGGCUAUGGAGACUGUGGGAAUUAAUUCUAAGAUUAUGCUGUGUAAGAACUCUGAGACAUGGCAAAAUCAUUUCAGUGCAGCUGGGCUGCACAUUCUUCUCUAGUCACAUGCAUUAGAAUUUACUACUCAUUCCAGGAUGAAGUUUUUUAUUCAGAGUAACUUCUCCAUUUUAGGAAACCAAAAAAUGUUUGCACACUCUUGGAAAGAAGGAAGUAUCUGGAGGAUGCAACUCAGGACCUCUAGUGUGUCUCUCAGGAAUUGCCUAACAUGUUGCUGCCUUCUGAAGAGUAGCUAGCUUGACAGCCUUUUAGUUUUUCAGUUCAAAACGUCUAAUUCUUUCAGUCUAUUUUCUGCUAAGAUUAAAGAAGAAACAAGGGAAAACACAAAAGUACCAAGAUAAAAGCAGAUAUGGCCGAGCUUCCCAAAUCAGAACCUGAACUACUGGAUUUGGGGAAGAAUAGAUGUAAGAAAAUAGAGGAAUAACGUUAUAAAAGGGUAAACAGGUUGCUGGCGAGUAUGCUUGUCUGGCUAUGCCUUGUGCCUGCUUCAUUCAGUGUAUCCGUGUCUUAUGAAAUUCCAUUUCUAAGUGUUUCCCUGAGGGAGGGACUGUCUAUUCUGUCCACAUGUGUUUUGUGUAUGGAGGUCUAAGUGCUAGGAACUAGAGUCAGACCACAGGUACCAGCAACUGGAGAGACCAGAGUGAGUGAACAUAAGUGCCAGAAACUGGACUAGGGCCACAGGUAAGAGUGGCCAUGUUCGUCAUGCCAGCAGCUGGGGCAAAGGAGGGUAUGUGAGUGUGUGAUCACUAGAGAACAUGAAGCCAGACUAGCUAACAAGUAAGUGAAGUGACCUGGGUUCCAGGUGUGUGUGUGUCUCUAAUGGCAAGACCAGUGGGAGGUGGCAACUUGAGGGAGCAGGGGAGUCCCCGACAUCUAUUGGAGGGGGGUACAGAAAGUUUCUCUAGGGCCACUUGUUUGCAGACAAUUCUUAGACAAAUCCUUCCUCCUCAGGCUUGUCAUCCCAGAUUCCUUGCCCAGUCAGACCUGUGCUGCUCCUUUCACAUCUCUUAUCCCCAACCAGUCCAUUCUAAUUCCAUUUCUAAUCCAGCUGUGUCUGCUUAUCUGGUGCAAGUUCCCCUUCCUCAUCUAUUCUAUUUCACUGUGCCAGCCUCACUGGCUGCCACCUCUAAACUCCUUCCCCAGCUUUUUUAGACCACCUGACUUUCCAUCUCACCACCUUUACACUUUUUCCAGCCCCUCUUUGGCCUCCCUUUUCUUUCCCAAACUCUCCAACCUUUAUUCUCACAGCAAAGGGGCAGUUUCUAAGUUUGGAGAUGUUAGAAUUGCCCAGUAGGGGCCCAGUUUACACAGGCUUAGGGUGCACAGACCCUUCAGGGGAGGUUUUUUUGGCUGCUCACUACAGAUCAUGUGCUGGAUGAGGUGGAUUAAAUUAAUACUUUAAAAUCUGAUCUCUCCCAUCUGCUAUGUCCUUUCAGGGUCCUUCCUUUCCUUUCUGGUCUAGCCAUUUCCUGAAGAUUCCUGGGACGCAGUCUGUUUCUUACCUCAAAGGCUGUGGCAGUAUAUCCACUUCUGGCUCCAUGUGGGACCACUGUUAUUCUCAUGCGUUUCCUACCCUUCUCCCCAGUACCAUGGUCUCUCCUUACUUCAUUAUUCCCCCAGUGCCUCUGGCCCGCAGUCGUCCAGGAUCCAUCCGUAGUUCCUGAGCUCAGGCACUCUGAAAGAAGACAUAACUUUCCUUCUUCUGAAAAAGAGAACUUAACAAAAACCAGAAUAGCAGCAGGGUAAACAUAAAUAUGCAGCUAGUGCUGCCACUGCCCCUGCCCCUCACCUUCCCAUCCUUCCUUUCUUAAUCCAUGCUUUACACUACUAUGAGGUCAUGGGCCUUUUCCCCACCUGCUUGCUAUUUUUUUUCCUUUCCCUAGCAGCUAAUCUAUGUUACCUGCUAGAUCCAGGUGGAUUCACCUGGAUGUCCCUCAGGACAAUCACCUCAGAUGUCCCUGAGGAAGUGAAGGGGAAAGCUGAUGAUCAUUGGUCACGGCCAUUGCCCAUGACCUGAUUGCUCUGCGCCUGUGGUCUCUGAUCACUCUUAGACCUACCACCAUAGCUGAAAUGACCACUGUCAAAGCUGUCACGGUACCAGUGAGAUGAUAACUUCACCAUUGGCAGGAGCAAAAUGGGACUCCAGCCCACAGAUGUCGGAACCUCCUCCCUAGGGACUUGUUCCUUCUCCUCCCUUUCUCAGUAAGAGGGCCAGGAGUAAAGAAAAGCAGGUACCUGGCUCAGAAGACUUCCUAGAUGGUUGCACAGUUCCCUAUCCCCUAGCCCAGCAGUUCUAGGGCACUGCUCCUAGCAUACACACCCAAACCAGAACAGGAGGGAAGGUUCAGGAGGAGCUGGUGUGAGGCUGCAGGGAACCCCACUUGUGUAUGGUGGUUGUCAGUCCCCAGCACAUCUAUCUGUAAGGCUGUUUAAGUAAGACUUUUAUUUAUGCUAUUAUCUUCUUAAGAGGAGUGAUAGGGCAGGAAGGUAGUGGCCAAGGAGCCAGGCAGUCAUCAACAUAUCACUAAGCUGCAAUGGUUUCUUUUAUUUAAUCAAUGUAAUUGCAAACCUUGGUGUAGACACUGAGAUGACCUUUCAGAGCACACUCAGUUCCCUGUGACACGAUUCCCUGGGGUUUUCCAAUGCAUACAGCUGGGCCACCUGAGUCACCCUGGAGAGAAAAAUUUAGAAGCAUGAGCUGAUCUCACCUCGAAAGGUUUUGACCUGGUACAAAAAAAUCCAGGGAAUGCAAAAUGAAGUGCCGCAAGUCCUGAUCUGGGAGCACAGAAAGAUAGCACCCCUUAUUUGCUGACUCCCCUAAUCCCAACAAUUCACUGCUACUGCACUCAGUGCCCAGCAGAUGUAGCUGGACCUGCUAGUUUGGGUGAAGUCCAUUCUGUACUGAAACCCUGCUGAAGGAUACUGUGUCAGAACAGAAAACCUGGAGAUGAGGAGGCCUAAGCACUCUGCCAAGCUCUGACAUAUGCUGUGCACCUGAGGCACCCUCAAGUGUGUGACCCAGGGCUCUGUGCCGACAUCAAUGCUUACCUGGCAUGAGUCUUUCCCACCAUCCAGGAAUCUUACACAGAUCAUGUUGCUGGUGAUCUGGCCCGGGUAAGCCUCUUGGCACUUCUGGUUACUCAGCACUGGAGCUCUCAGUCACUGGAGAACCUUAGAGAAAUUGGCUGCUGGGACAGCAGUGAAAAUUAGGUUUUGUCUUGGGACUCAGCACUGUCAGUGAAGAGAGAAACCUGUAGAUGUAUAUGUGAGAGCCAUCCAGCAAAGCAGGGCGACCCCUUCACCUGCAUGAGCAAAUGCAAAGGGCAUUGUUGAUUGAGGCACACUGGCAGGACCGUUUGGGGAACAUGCAGGCAGAACAUGGAAAGGCUGCAAAGCAGGAGUGAAACGUACAGGGAUCUCAUGAGCCUGGCAGUAAAGGAGGAGAAGCGUGACCAGGUACGUGCAACAUACACUGAUACUCACAGCCACUGCUCAGCGUGUUUCCUCACCUUGAAAAAGGCACUUGGGCCCCUCCUUGGCACGGGUGCUGGGCAGACCUGUGGGUUGAAUGUCAGCACUGUAGUCCAUGGUGGUUGCCAGCUUGAUCAACAUAAUGUCAUUAUCAAGGCUUCUUGAAUCAUAUCUAGGAUGGUGAAUGAUUAAUGUGGCACUCCUGACUAGUUCACUGUGUUCUUUCACAUCAGCGUUGUACUCUCCCAUCCUGACUUGUAUAUGCCUGCAAAAUUGCCAGCAGAGAAGAGCAGCCAUUAACCAUGGGUAGAACAACUUGGUGCCACAGGGGGACUGGCAGACACUUGGAAUAGAGUAAGGGAGUGUUGCCCUAAUCAAAGGUGCAUGUGUCACAGAGCUCUAGGAGCUUUAUGAUUUCAUGAAAGACAGAGUCUGGAGACCCUUGCUAGUUGGGUAUCCUGUCCAGUGGAUCCCCAGCUGGCAACUGUGGAAUUGGUGCCAGAAUAGAUGGAUCACUUCAGACACUGAGAGCAAUGCUUAGGGAAGGAAGAUUACAUUUCCUAUUGCAGAGGAGCAUGAUCCUUGAUCUGUGCUCUCUCUGCAGAGGUAUGCCCUAAAAUUAGGACAAGAAAGAUCCAUGGAGAAAGUCUGGAGGAAUGCAAAUGUGCACAGAAGGGCAUGUUAGGAUGCACAGAAAAGGAUGCCGAGAGUGCAGGUAUAUUAGAAAGAUCAUGUAAUGCAGUGAGACAGAAGGUAGUGUUUCUCCUUUGGUUUCAGAUACACCAUGUGCUGCCACCUUGGAUUCUCUUCUUUUGGUAGGCAUCAUAUUCCAAAUCUGGUGACUUUGCAAGAUUUGACUAGAAUCCAGAUACACAACCCAAUCCAUACUUACAAUUUCUAGCAGUGAGUAGCUGACAGGAACCACUGGUUGUUGGUGAGGGAACCACCGCAGAAGUGAUACUCAACGUUCAAGGACACUGGUAGGGAACUGAAUGCUCUGGGCAACUGUAGCAUCCCACAAUCUUGUUAUCAUCAGCGUCCCCAGGAAAAGCAACUGAGAGAAAGAGGACUGCGUUUCACAGCACCAGACCUGAAUCCAUUGUCUUAAAGUGUAGCAGUAGCCAAUGAGCUACAGAGGAAUUAGCAAGAGCCGAAAGAGUUUGAAACAUCAGAAGUCUUCACAGCAAUUCCUGAAAUAUCGUCCUGAGUUUUUUCUGUGCUACUCUGAAACAUGAGGCUUUGUCUUUACCACCCUGAGUCAGGAGGAGAACAGAAGAGCCUAGAAGCUGCCAAAGAACUUCACAAACAAACGUGUGCAGUCUUCACACUGACACCUUCACUUCCAUGGCACCUUUGGAACACGAUGCAGUAGCUGUGUCAUGGUGGAGAGCACAUGGUGCACAUUUGUGUAGGUUGAGAAAUGGAAAAUGGCAAAUGCAGUUGAGAGUGUCAGCAGAAUUUUAAUUUGCUGGGGGGAAGCUAGGAGUGAGCAAGAGAGGAAGGAAGCCCUGGUAGUGAAGAAAUCGGAGAGAACAUGAAGGCUCGGCAGAGUUCGAGGCUGAUGUUAUAGCAGAAUGUAAGAAAGAACGUUGGAUCGUCAUGCACACCCCCAGGGGUGCAUGGACUCCCCUUUGGAGACCCCUGCGCUGGAACAUUGUAAACCAGGAGCCUGUCUCUGACCAUCGAUUGGAGAUGCAAAGAGCAGAAGAUGCAAAACCCUUCCCCAGACACUCUCCUGGCUUCCAGCAACUGGGGACUUGAUGAUCCUAGGUCACAUGGGGUGCCUUUCAACCAGCUCCUCCCAGGCAGGAGAGACUUGGGAAAAGAGAAUCAAUGGCACCUCCACCACCAAGCUCUGUGAGAUGUACAAAGACUAGCUUGAGAAACUCCUCUGCUUUAUGCUCCUGGGAAGCUUUAUCUCUGUUAGCCUGCGGUCUCGCCAGGUUUCCUUUUCCCAUGAUCUUGCAUCAGCCUGGACAAACCUAUUUACUUUAUCUGAGUCCAGUGGUGAUACAGUUGACCGAAAUACUUGAACUAGGAACAUAGGUUUCUAGAAAUGCAAGCUGCCAUUGCUUGUCCAUUGAUAAUACCUAACACAUCUGCCCUCCAUUCACCAAUCCUCCUCCUUCCCGUGUCCCUGGAGCCACCAGCAUCCUGCUGCAGCAUCACUGCAUUAAAUGAGAAACUUGUCUGCAGCUGGAGAUGUAUCCCCGGAGCGUACUUUUUGAAAGACCCUGGAAAAAAACCUUACAAUGGUCUGUUGAAUGUUCAGCAGCAUUGAGCAGGAGGCGGUAUUUACAUUUCAGCUCUCACUGAAAGGCCUGAAGGACUGUUCUGAAGCAGUCUGUCUGCUGAAUGACCUCCAAGUUGUGCAUCACAAACACCCCAUUUGCCUUCAUUUGAGAUCAGUUUGCUCUAUGAGCUGCCCUGCUGGCAUGCACUGUGGAGUUCUAGGAUUUAUGGGAGCCUCUAGAAGGGGCCCUGAGAGGCACAUAGGAGAAUGGGAGGGACUUGGGUGAGGUAUGUUCACCAGAUGUCUGCCAUCAUAGCCUUAGGAACACCAGAACCACAGGAACUAUGACCCAGGACUUCUGCCGUGAGCUCUGGCAGUAGCCUGGGAAGGGGUUAAUAGUUGAUUUAAGCAAGUAGCAUAGAGAGUCUCAGAGACACCUUUUUCUUCAAGGAGAAAGGAGCCAGCCCUAUAUGAUGCCUUUCCUGCUGUUAAGAAUAACUGAUCAGUUAAAGAUCAGAGUAGAUUAAAUAAGUAACAAGUGAAAACACAGAAAGUACAAAGACAAAAGCAGGUAUGGUUGAGCUUCCCAAUUCAGAUGCUGAAUUACUGGAUUUUCCUGACAUUUGGGUGGGUACUAAACCAAAUAUUAAACCCUGUGAAAAGAAGGAAAAGGAAGCUGUCCUUCAUAGCCUAGGUGUUACCUAAUAGGUUAUUAGAGCUAUAUCUCAGGAAAAAUACUUUAAAAUAUCUGAUGACAGCCUGUCUCUAUGCCAAUGGCAUGUUUUGGACAAAGAAAUUACAAAUCCACAGGGACAUCAAAUUAUACACUACUGUAGAUUAGGAAUUGUUCUUGCUCUGCUUAGUUAGGAUGGGAUUGGAUAGCUUUGGUAAUUUUUGCCAUGCUUAGUCCUAUUAUGGAUCUUUCCCUUCUCCACAGGAAGCCUCUAGUCCUUAUUUGUUUCUCAGGAUAAAACAUGUUUGUAAGAAAACUGUGCACUGAUACCAGUUUAAAGCCCAAGACAAGUCAUGCAUCUCCCUGGAGGAGUCCCUGGCCUUGGACUUGCCCUUUAACAUGAAAGAAAAUUUCCACCUGGACAGUGCCACUGUGUGUACCAGUCCUCCAGGGCUCUCAAAAAAAUUGAUUAAGAAAUGGAGUAGAAAGAUUAUUCCUAUUUAGUCUCUCAUGCCAUUUCAGCAUCUCAAAGCGUAUGAUUUCUGUUCACUGUCACUUGAGGUUAUCCCUUGUCUUUCAGGAGCUAAUAUGAUGAAGUUGGCAGCUGCUUGGAAAAUGAUUAUUCAUCAAAUGCAUCAAGCUUUAGCAAACUCAGCAUCGUGAGAGAAAUUAUCACUCUUUCAGAGAAGGAUUUCAGAAGAUCUCAUGAUUUGUGGUCACAGUAUUUUUGUUUGUAUACAUUACCUCCAUAAACAUCAACGUUAUAUUGAAAUCCUUCUGUAGCAAACAUGAGUGUCUGUAGAACAUUCCAAUGCUAAAUAAAAGACGUGGUUCAGUACUUGGGCCAAUAUUUUCAUAUAGAUUAGGGGAGAGAAAUUAGGAAAGGGAGAAAUCUUUCAAAGAGAAAUGUGGGUGUGCAUUCCCACAUUAAACUGUUUAACUUGGGAGGUGGGGGGGGGGCACAGAAUAGGUUUUUUGUACUCACUUAUUGAAAUUACUUUUGAAUAAUUUUAUUUGGGAGAACACUGUGUUCUAUAUGAUAAAACCAGACACACAUAUUAUUCAAGAAAAGGAAUUUGCUAAAAUAAACUUAACAAACUUAACGCUGAGAGGUUUUUUUUGGUUUUGUUUUGGGUUUUUUUUGUUGGUUUUCUUUUCCAAAAUAAAUGUAUAGUAUCUUACUGUCCAUUACCUACAAUAUUCAGCAUUUUUAAUAUGCAUUUUUAAGAAUGACACCAUCAGCGCAGAGGAACCUCAAAGGGGUUUGAGGGUUGCUCUCAACAGAUGCUGCGUGUAAGAAUGAGACAGGCAAACAACUACACAUCUUUCAAAGCCCAAACGUAUUUUUAAAUUGAAGGCUGCACUCUGAAAUAAUUUUAGAUAGCUUUCUAUCUUAGGAAAGGUUUAUGAUUAACAGAUAUGUUAUUUGUACUUUCUAGCAGUGCCUGUUAAUGCCCACAUUUGGAUCUUCAAAUUUUCCACUGUGUACUUUUUGUCUGCAGAAAACCUUGGACUAGAGAUAAGGCCAUUUCAAAAAAUGUAUUUCUAGCAGCUCAGGCUUCCAGUCCACCAGUCUGGGCUUGAGGCUGUGUCAAGAUCAUGAAGUACAUACUGUUUGUCACCUUUGUUGGUGUGGCUGUUGCCUUCCCCAUCGACGCUGCCGCUGAUGAUGAUGAUGACAAGAUUGUGGGAGGCUACACCUGUGCAGUGAACUCUGUCCCCUAUCAGGUGUCCCUGAAUUCUGGGUAUCACUUCUGUGGAGGUUCCCUCAUCAACAGCCAGUGGGUAGUGUCAGCUGCUCACUGCUACAAGUCUCGCAUCCAAGUGCAGCUCGGGAAACAUAACCUGGCACUCACAGAAUCGUCACAGCAGUUGAUUAGUUCAGCUGCAGUAAUCCGCCACCCUGGCUACAGCUCCAGAACACUGGACAAUGACAUUAUGCUCAUCAAACUUGCCAAACCAGCCCAGCUCAACCGCGCUGUCCAAACCAUUCCUCUGCCUACCAGCUGUGUGACCACAGGCACCACAUGCCUAAUCUCUGGCUGGGGCAACACACUCAGCAAUGCCAAUGCGUAUCCAGACACGUUGCAGUGCCUGAAGGCUCCUGUACUCUCCUCAAGCCAGUGCACCAAAGCCUACCCUGGGGAAAUUACCAAGAACAUGAUGUGUGUAGGAUUCAUGGAGGGAGGAAAAGACUCCUGCCAGGGGGAUUCCGGUGGUCCAGUAGUCUGCAAUGGGCAGCUCCAGGGCAUUGUUUCCUGGGGUAUUGGAUGUGCGCAGAAAGGCUAUCCCGGGGUUUACACUAAGGUUUGCAAUUAUGUCUCCUGGAUCAAAGCAACUAUGUCUGCCAACUGAGACACUCUCGUUCUAUGUGACCCACUUUUUCUUCUCAUCAUUUUCUUUUGUUUUGGGACUGGGCAUACAAAAAUUAUCAAAAAAUAAAGACUUU